UCACAUUGACUUGAGUUUCCACUGCUUUUCAGUAAACUUUUAGGUAAAAGAUUCUCUUCGGUUCAGAAUUGGUGCAGAUGUGAAGAGGUUUGACUCAGAUAUUCUGGUCGGUCUGUCUGAGACGUGCUCCAGCGUCCUGUGACUGAAGGAGGAGCGUCUCGCUCUCAGAAAGAGGAAGUCAGGAGAGAGGACGUCUGAUAAUAGUUAAACACUGCAUGCAGUACAUCAACGGUGAUUGUUACAUGACGCUCAAACCCUGCACAUUCAAGUCAGAAUGUUCAGCCUUUUCUGUUUGGUUUUUCUGCUCAUGAUUUCUGUGAAUUGCAGUCAGAGAUGGGAGGUUCAGUACACAGAUAUGAUGAAAUGUGCUCUAAAGGGUUCAACAGUACAUUUAUCAGGCAGUUAUAAACACCCAAAUAAUAUCAAAGUGAAAGAUGAAUUCUGGAUUGUAAACCCAGUUAAAGGUGCAGAACCAGUCAAUCUGUUAAAUCAUCCAGAUUACACAGGAAGAGUUCAGUUCUUCCGGACAGACGGCCUCUUCUUUCUCAAUCUCAGUGAUGUGAAACAUGAAGAUAAAGGAAUAUACUGCAUCAGAAUCCUGACAGAUGUAGAUAAAGAUAAAUAUUUGUUUUAUCGUGGGAUUGAGCUCAAAGUGACAGAUCUGAGAGUGGAGAUUCCUGAAGAGGUCGUUGAGGGACAGUCACCUGUUUUAGUUUGUAAAAGCACCUGUAACCUCUCAGAUAAAGCAGACUUUACCUGGUAUAAAGACGGAGAGGAGUUAUCAGAAGGGAUGAACCUGAAUCAUCUGUCGCUGCGGUCGGUCAACAGUGAAGAUACAGGAAACUACAGCUGUGCAGCGAGAGAUCAGAAACAUCUGCCUUCUGCUGCCCUCACUCUCAGUGUUAGAUAUCCUCCUCGGAGCGUCCGGGUGUCCGUCAGUCCUUCUGCUGAAGUAGUGGAGGGAGAUUCAGUGACUCUGAUCUGCAGCAGUGACUCAAACCCUCCUGCUCUGAACUUCAGCUGGUUUAAGGAGAAUCAAAGCUCAGCUGUUGGAUCUGAACAGAGUUUGAUCAUCUCCAGCUUUAACUCCAGACUCAGUGGACUCUACUAUUGUGAGGCUCAGAAUCAACACGGCUCUCGGAGAUCAGCGUCUGUGUCUUUAACAUCUGCAGGUGUUCAGAAAACCGCUCUGUACGCAGCUGCUGGAGUCGGGGCUGGGAUCGUCUGCAUCUGCAUCAUUACUGUAGUAAUAAAAAUCAUCAGCAGGAAAACAGGAGACGUCCAAAGAGACGUUUCAAAACAGGAAAACAACAGCACAGCCGAGACGGAUGAGAAGAGCGUGAAACCUUCAGAAACAGCCGAUCCGAAGGAUGUAGUUUACUCCAGCGUCGCUCACAGCAGAGCCAGAAAACCCCCGAGAGCUGGAGAUGAAGACGAGGUCCAGUACGCCAGCGUCCAGCUCCACAGAAACACAACCACAGAGACUGGACGUCAGAACAGAAACACUCCUUCUGCCGGAUUAAACUCUGAAGCGGUGGAUGAUUCCUCCGUGAUCUACAGCAGCGUCAAUGUCGCAUGAAGGACUGUAUCCCGUGAUCACAAACUGAACAUGCUAAAUGUGACAUAACGUUCCACUAAAUUAGCGAUUCCGCUGAACAAACAUGACUUUACUUUAUACAUCAGAUAGGUCUACGUCUGGAGGGAUAUUGUUUGGUGAAUGGUGGUUUGAUCAAUAUCAUUGAUCCCGUACAUAAUUACCAGUGAAGCUCUUUAAUCCACUGCUUCUCAAUGAAGGGCCACCAGGGGCCCUCAGAGUCCUCCAGGCCUAAUGUAAAUAUGAAAAAUCCUUCAUUAAUGAGCUACGCCUCCUGGAAAAACGUCACGCAACCCCAGCAUUUCAUCAGCUGAUAAAAGCAGCCGUUUGUUUACAUUACAUUUCGUUAACGGUUUAAAUCCCAAAGCGUCUAUGUUUUACUAUAUUCAUUGAUCACGAAUGAAUGAAUUUAUCAGGUUCGCAAAUUUGUCACAUAGAGUUAGCCUAUGAAACAUUACAGGACAUAUACAUUCAGCUGAGUGUACUUCUGUUUAUUUGAUGAAUUUUGAAAGAACAAUCUUUUUUUCUGUCAAAAGGCAGCUCAUGAACAAAACCCUCAUAUUAGCUAUAUUUUAUUUCAGACACUCACUGCUGUCUGAAAGGGAACGAAAACUAUUUUAAAAGUCUUUAAGCUGGUGUUUAUCUGAUUCAUCAUUUUUUACAUCAUUUGGUCAUCAUUUACUCCUCUUUUCAUCACCCUUGACAUAAUAAUAUUAUGGCUGAACAAAAAUGUGGCUUAAACACUGAUCACUGUAAUGGUAACUUGAUUUUCUUCUUCUGUGAUUCUCUUUGUUAACAUCUUUAAUAAUGCACAAUAUU